ACAUUUCCUACCUGUCACCACAAGGGGUGUCCAGGACACAUUAUGAAUGUGAAGCUUCACUAACCAAACUGUACGGGGUAGUCUAGCAGUUGAGCUCUGAGUGAUUCUGUGAAAUUAGAGGAGAGAUCCUUGCAGCUGCUCUUCAGGGACUGCUGUCAUUAAGGGGGAAAGAGCAGAUCUUGCUGUGUGAGACAGAGAGAGAGAGAAGAUGCAGAGUGCAUUUGGCUGAGCUCUUUGGCUACUAGGAAGCACUGAAAGGCAGACAGAGCAAGAGGGAGAGCAAGAGCGAACGGAAAGCAGAGGAAGCCAGAGCGAGACUGAAGCAGAGAGCAGCUGUGCCUGUUUCCUUAUCCUUUGACACUUCGGGGCACCUCAAUCCAUGAGGACAUGGAUUCUUUCACUGAAAUCUUCCUCAAGCUGCUGAUCCUGGUCCCUGUUCAUCACUGGAAUAUAUUAGCAGCAGGAGACAAAUAUAAUUGUGAUGAUCAGCUGGUGUCUGCCUUGCCUCAAUCAUCAUUCAGCAGUUCAUCAGAGCUGUCCAGUAGCCACAGCCCAGGAUUUGCAAGGCUUAACAGAAGAGACGGUGCUGGUGGCUGGACUCCACUCAUAUCAAAUAAAUAUCAGUGGCUUCAGAUUGAUUUUGGGGAAAGAACUGAAAUUACAGCUGUUGCUACCCAAGGUGGAUAUGGGAGUUCUGACUGGGUAACGAGCUAUCUCCUGAUGUUCAGUGACAGUGGAAGAAACUGGAAGCAAUAUCAUCAAGAAGAAAGCAUUUGGGUAUGUUCUUCUAUUGCCUGCUUCAAUAUUGGAGCAAUUUCAUCUAACUACUUAGGCAACUGCUUCUGCAAAGUUUUGCGUAAGUCAAUUAUUCUGAUAUGGGAUCCUGAAGAAAAUAUGAACACAAAUGAAAUAUUUGACAAAGAUAGUUCUUAG